UUUUCAUACAACCUUACCUCGUUGAAUUAAAAGUAUCCCUUGUCUUAUAAUAGAAAUAUAUUACAGAAAUUUGAAUAUUUUCAUAUUUAAGGUAUAGUUCUAUAUUAGAUAAAAUCUAUCAAUAAUUUAGUUAAAUUUUAAUUGAUUAUUUUUCGCUAUUAUUGUUUUUGUAUUGGAGAAAGCCAAAACCUAGCUGGAAUCAUGCCGCGCAACAGGAACCGGCGGAAGGUUACACAUUUGACAAGAUGAUAUGUUUGGUGUGAUUACUAGCUAUCUUUGGCCCUGAUUACUGCAUCUCAGAAGCAUUAUAUUUUAAAACAAGAUAAUUAUGGUACCUGACGAUAUGAAUGUAUCAGCUUUUGCUGUAUAUUCAGGUAAAGUAAAGAAAUCUGUUUCGAAAAAUCAGAAGCGAAGAAUAAAGUUAAAAACUCAGAAACCAUUAAAUAAAAAUGACAAUCAUUCAGUCGAAAAAGAACUCAAUCCUAUUCUUAUAAAAAAAAAAGUAAAUCAAAGUAAUGAUGAUAGCAGUCUAGGAGGGCCAUACCUCGGAAAAAACAUGGAGUCUAAGCAGCAACCUCUUGUUUUUGCUGAUAGUAAAAAAAAGAAAAAGUUAAAAAAAAAGAAAAAAGUCCAUAUCCCUGAUGCAGAAGACAAAUCUAUUCCUGAAACAAGAAUUUUGGAGAUGGGUAAGUUUGUUAAAAUUAAUGAAGAUAAAAGUUUGAAUAUAAAUAAAAGUGAAGAAGCUCUUUCCAAUCCAAUAACCUCUGAAAGCACCAAUGAAAAAGUAAAGUCUAAAAAAUCCAAAAGAAAACUAUCAGAGAUACCCAGUCCCAUAGAAUCUGCCGAGUUAAGCUCACCGCCGAUUUCAAAUUGUGACAAAGAACCACCCAAGAAAAAAAAAGUACUGUUUGUUAGUCCUGAGUCAAAUACUGGAAGUGAUAAAAGGUCAAAAAAACCCAUUGUAUGUACUCCUAGGUUUGAAAAGAGAAGAAAUGUAUCUAACGAAAAUAUGACUAAAAAACGACUAUUAGAUGUAAGUCCUGAUAACACUUUGCAGAAAGUUGAUGAUUAUUUAGCAUCUAAAAAAGGAACUGAGCUGAAAUUAUCUAAACUUGGUAAUAAAAGCACUAAAGGACCAAGAACUGUCAAAGAUAUUGAGUUGGCACAUCUUGCUAAUACUGAAACAAUCAUGAAAAGUAGUGAAGAUUCAGGGAAAAACGCUUUUGAAAAGAUUCUUGGAUCAAUUUCUGUCGAUACUUUUAUGAGUGAAUAUUGGGAAAAAGGACCUGUCCAUAUCCCUUGUCAUACAACAAAUACGUUUAAUAGUCUUAUUUCUACCGAAAGGAUUGACUCUGUGUUAAGGGAUAGAGUUGUUACUUUUGGGAAACACCUUGAUGUUACUUCCUAUUCUGAUGGGAAGAGAGAAACACAUAACUUGGAAGGGAGAGCUAAUGCCCAUGUUGUUUGGGAUUUUUAUUCUAAUGGCUGCAGCAUUAGGCUUUUAAAUCCACAAUAUUUUUUUCACAGUGUCCACUGCUACAAUGCUAUGCUCCAGGAAUAUUUUGGUUGUUUUGUUGGCGCUAAUGCCUAUUUAACUCCACCAAUGUCUCAAGGUUUCGCUCCUCAUUAUGAUGACAUUGAAGCAUUUAUUUUACAAAUUGAAGGAUCAAAAAUUUGGAGAUUAUAUCCACCCAUAAACAAGCAUGGUUAUCUCCCUCGAUAUUCUAGUAGGAAUCUUCUAGACGAAGAAAUUGGAGAGCCUGUAAUGGAGGUGAAACUGAAUCCAGGCGACGUCUUAUAUUUUCCCAGAGGUUUUAUUCACCAAGGUCGGACAGAGGAAGAACAUUCCCUCCAUUUAACUUUAUCAGUUUAUCAGAAAACAGCAUGGUGUGAUCUCUUGGAGAAGCUCCUUCCAUUAACAUUGAAAAAAGCUGCAAGUCUAGAUGUUGAUUAUAGAAAAGGUUUACCUUUAGGAUAUUUAAAAAGUGCAGGCUUGGUUCACAAAAAUUCAUCUUCAAGAAAAGAGAUUGUAAAAGUAUUGAAAAAACUUGUUAAUAAACUUAAUGAUUUCCUUGAAACGGAUGCUGCCAUUGACCAAAUGGGUCUUUCCUUCAUUCAUGAUUCACUGCCUCCCGUUUUUACUGCAUCGGAAACAGUUUGUACUGUAUUAGGGGAUGGUUGGAAAAUGAGAUCUAAUGGUAACCUAGAGGGUCAGGUAAUCAUUAUGCAAGAUACCAAAAUUCGUUGGACAAGAGCUUUUUGUUACAGAAUUGUAGAAGAAGAAGUCUGCAAUGAAGAAGGUGCCAUUGAAAAACAACUAAGAAUUUACCACACGCUUGAAAACUCUAAAGAAUAUCAUGCUGAGGAACCGCAGUAUUUAAUAGUUGACUUUAGCAUGUUACCUUCUUUACGUCAUCUGUCGUUCACCUAUCCAGAGUUUACUAAAGUCUCUGAUCUACCCCAUGAUGAUGAUGAUGCAAAGAUUCUUUUUGCAUCUGAUUUAUGGGAUCGUGGACUUCUAAUGACUGAUAAUCCUCUUCAAAUGUUCAACUCUCCUGAGCCAGCUGAAGAAAAUGAGGAAUGUUUAACUGUUGAGGAGUUGGAAAUUUUAAAUGAUUUAGAGGAAAAUAUCCCUAAGAACGAAAAUGAGGAAUUUUCAAGCAGUUCUGAAUCUGAAGCCGAAGAAUUAAAUAGUGAAGGAUCAGAUGAAAUUUAUGACUCAGAAGAUGAAAACAUGUAACUUUUUUUUCUAAUGAACUUCACAAUUUUGAGAAAUUGAUGGAAGUUAAUGUAAUACUUUUAUGAAAAUACUGCUGUAAUGGUGAAUAUUACGUGAUUUUGUUUUAAACUACCUGGUAUUGCAUAUUGUUUGAAUUGAAAACAAUUACACUUCCCUUUUGGGAUUUUAAUCAGUUAGUUCUAAGUAUUUGUUACUAAUGUUUCUAUUGAUUAUUUGAUUGCAACAAACUAUGUAGGCUUUCUAGAAAGUAACUAGCACUUUUAACCAAUUACAAAAUAAACCAAGUUAAAAUACUAUAAAUUAUUAUCAUUUAAAGGGUUGUUGAAUAUAUAUUUUUAAAACAUUACUAUGUACAUUAAGUGAAUUAUAUUACGACCAUUCAAAUUGAGAAAUGAGUUUCAUCAUAAUGAUAUUGAAGCUUCCAUGUUACAGUUUUAUUUAAUAAACGUUUGGAAUUUAAGGAAAAUGAAACAACAGCUCUGUAAUUAUAAAAUAAUGAUUUUCACAACUUUCUUUUGCUAUUUUUUAUUUUCAAUAUGUCUGUCAUGAGGAGAGGCUGACCAGUGCAAUCCUUAUUGUGAACCGUGUGUGGGCUUUAUUAAACAUAAUAGAUAACUGUCUCUCCACCUCCGAUCAUUGUUACGUCUCAAUUUACCUUAAAAAGUUAUUGAUGAAUUGAUUUGUUUUUUCGCCAAUAAAAAUCUUAUCAUUAAACAAAAAUCGAAGAAUUUUCUAUCAAAGCCCAUAUUUUGAGAAUUCAUUUUGAUGAAGAUUCAGGAAAAACUUCAGACUACUGGCAGUUUGCACGUUUGAAUGUGCAGUAACACCAGAAUGCUCUUUUGCCCCACUCUCUACCAUACUAGGUGGAAAAUAAGUUACUUUUUGGGUAGCUCUCAUUAUGUAUGUUGUGAAUUGCUGUUACCAUACAAUGUUUCUGUUAUUUUUAGGAAAGUGUUAUUAAUAUGAUAUACAUUUUUUCUAUAGAACUGUGGUAUCAGUUCACUGUUAGUGUAUAAAAAAUCUAUUCUAUAUUAUAAUUAAUUGAUUGCUAAUUUAGCGUUUUAUAUUUCAACUGUCCUAUGAAAUUUCUAUUUUUGUCACAUUAAUCAUGUUUAUUAUUUACGUUGGACAAAUAGCAAGAAUAUUUAUGUUUUCUUGUUACCUUUUUAGUACUUUUAAGUUUUCUCUUUUUCAUCAUAACUUUCAUUUCAAUGUAGCAAUUGUUUUGGUUUUUUAAAAUCUGUUAUACAAGAUUAUUUCAGUAACUAUUAUCAAUAGAACCAUUUAUUUUUAUAAUUUUUUUUAAAUAGCUUGUGUAUUUUUUUUAAAUAUCUUAUGUUGUGGAAGCAUUUUAGUACAUCUAUCAUGAAAUUGAUAUACAAAAUCAUGUUUGCAUUUUUGUUAGAACAUUUUUUGCAUUUACAAAUAUUUGGUAUGCCUAUUAAUUGAACCAAGGGCAUUCGCUUAUUUCUAUAUGUGAUAUUUUGUUUUUUACUUCUGAUUAAUAAAAUUGAAUAUUUUUUUCAACUAAUAUUUCUUCAUUUGCUUCAUCUUUUGUGUUUGCAUUUUAUAUUUAUUAAUGAACUCAGCACACAUGCUAGAUAGAACAGUCAUAUAUUAUAAAUGUCUUAAAGUGAGACUAAGCUAUCAACAACAGUUUGAAGUGCGAAUUUGUUAAAAAGAUCAUUAAUUGUAUUGAUUGUAGCAUUCAAUAACUAAAUUAAAUUUAAGGAUUGACAGUAAACAAUCAGAAUUUUAAUGAUAUUAUUUAUUAAUAAAGAUACAUUUAAAAUACUCAAACAUAAACUAUUCUUGAGAACAUGAUGUGCUAUAGAUUUCACUAUGGUGUUAUCAUCCUCUAAAUUAUGAAUAGAACGAUUUCCUAUUAAAAACUUAAGGAUUGAUGUAUAAAACAGAAACUUUCUACCUCUUUGAAGAUGGAGGUUGAAGACCAGACCACAAUCCAAGAACUGUUAUUUCAAUAAACAAGAAAUUACCAUUUCUGUGACAACUGUGCAUUAAGUUUUAAGUGCAAAAAUUAUCACCUCCGUAAUAGACACAUAGUUUAAUCCACUAGACACAAAGAAAGAGAGAGCAAUUAGCUUUUUCUAGUGAUACGUUUCUGUGUAUUGUGAGUUAAAUUCAAAAAUCAUCACCUCUAAUAGCUGCUUAACUUAGCCCACUAAACACAAAGAAAGAGAGAAAAAUUAUAUUUCUAGUGAUAACCAUAAAAAUUGCACUUAAAGACACUUUUCACAGGUGCCAUAGAUUUUAUAUUGGCAGGUCAUGUUGCAAAAAUCAACAUUCAAAAUAUAUGAUAGAAUACACAUUACAAAAUAGAUAAACACUACAUAAUAUUAUAGAUACACAUUACAAAAUAUAAGAUAGAUAAACAUUACAAAAUAUAAGAUACAUACACAUUAUAAAAUAUAAGAUAGAAACUCUUUCAACACCCAAGAAAUUGAAAAAGAAAGAAAAAAAUGGGUUUUAUGAUGAAAUAAGUUCAGAACUGAAUGGUGACAGCAUAGAAUAGAGACUCUUUGAAUGUUGAUUGAGGUUGUACACCAGGCAAAGAGUUGUAUAGCAAUGCUAUAGAAGUUCUGUUUGUAUAAAGUUAAUAUAUAGGAUAUAAUAUGCUUACUGCUCAGUUUGUUUUUAUUAUUCCUUCAUUGUUCAGUUAUAGGGUAUAGGGUAGUGAUUUUAGGGUGAUAAAUUACAGAAGUAUUACACCCAUGUUCAGUUAUAGCAUCCACACUCAUUUGGAGAUCCAGGACAAUCAAAUUCAUCGAAUACAGUACAGUAGUAUCUAAAUCUCUGUCUGCUCUUAUCAACAUUUUGUCCAUUACAUUCCACUGCUCCAUUAAUAGCUCUUGUGGAUUCUCCGAACCUUCCUUCCUUUACUCCACGGAUAUUUCCUACUCGUGUUUUCCAGUACCAUCCUGCUGUAAUGAAAGCUAUGUCUUCAUCUCUGGCAACCUUAUCAGGAUCAUUUAAUAAGGUAUCAUCUCCAAAAAUAGCUCUUGAAGCUUUCAGAUAGUUUUCAGCCCAAGUAAGCUGAAUAUAUCCUCUUCCAUAAUACCUUUUCCCAGGUCUGUCAAGAUGACUGGUGUAAGGGUCAGAAUAGGCAUUUUUAUAUGCCAACUCUUCUUUAAAUUGUAGCCCUCCAGAUUCGUGGAUUAAUUGUGCUAAAAACAUUGCAGCUUCUCUUCUGCUGUUUAUACCCGCAUAAUCAACUGCACGAAUAAACCCAUUGUAUUGUGCUUGGCUCGGUCUAGGAAAGCCAUUUCUGGUUACUGCAUUGAAAAACUGUUGAGAUGAAAUCAUUUUUCCAGUAUGUUGUUUCUGAAAAUUGUAAAAAAAGUUAUCAUAAAUACAUUUAAUUAUUUUAUUCACCAUGAAUAACUCAUUAUGAUUUUGUGAUAUUCUAAAGGGACUUUGUUCCAGAAUAAAAUUAUUAACUCCUUUAGAGACACUUAAGAGCUAAGAUUCAUUAGUACCCUAUACGUAUAUUGUUAAUUACAUUGAAACGCAAACCCUUAAAUAUCUCAAUUUAAGUAUAAAUGGUCUAGGGCAACUUUCAAAAUAAACAGCUCAAUUAAUAUUUUUGUCAAAUCUAUCACUACUGUCUAGUAGAGUUGAGCAUCAUAAUCCUAACAACUUUGUUUUAGUAAUAAAAUACUUUUUUUUAAUGUUUUAUAAAUAAUUGAUGGAAAUAAAAUAUUUUUAUAAAUCUAACCUUAAGAUAAGGUUUUGAUUUAUUUUUUGAGCACCUUUAAGAAAGAUUUUGAUAAAUGUAAACUUAUUGAUUUAAAAAAUAAAUAACUGCAAAAUAGAUUGAUAUCUUCAUAAUUUUUUACCAGAACAAUACCAUAGCUUUUAAAUUGUAUUGCUUUUUCCUCCAAAUCUUCCAAUAAAUCAUUUAAGUAAUGGAAAUUUUCUUGUCAAUAAAAGCUGCAAAUUAAAAUAUUAUUUUUAAAUAAAAAUUAUAUUAUUAGAUCUAUCGUUUUCAUACUGAAUGGUUCCUUCGUAAUAUAUUCCAGGGCAAUAAAGUUCAUUUUAUAUAAAAAUCCCGCAUUUUUAUUUUCUUCUAUUUUACCCUUCAACAACCUGUACCACUACAACCCAUGAAGGGUCUGGGGUUCAGUACUAUUUAGAGAAAGAGACCGAGAGACCGAGAUCACGCUCAAACACCAGGUUUUUCCCUUAAUUAAUUAUUUUAAUUAAGGGUACCCACUUUAUAGAGGCUGGGUAUGCCCCAGGAGGGUCUCCCCACGGCCGAUGGAACAAAUAAAUAAUUUUUCUGGCAUGAGCCGAGAUUCAAACUCGGGACCUUUGCAUUGGAAGCUCAGUGCCCUACCACUGAGCUACCCCACUCCCAUUUUACCCUUCAAUGUCAUGUAAUUUUUCAUCAGCCUUAGCUCGCCCCUGGGGUUGAGAGACCUUCCUGGGGCACACCCAGCCUCUAUAAAGUGGUUACUCGUAAUUAAGUAAUGAAUUAAGAGGGAAAAUCUGGCGGUUGAGUGUUGAUUACCUCACUGCACAAUCAUUGGCUUUGAAAAAAUACUUCCUAACUAAGUACUCUACCCAAAACCCUUGAAUUGAAGGGUUGAAGUGAUAAAGUUUUUUUUCUAUUUUACUCUUCAUGUUACUUGAUAAAUAUGCUAAUAACAUCAAAGUGUUACAAAAUCAAAACGUUUUUUCUUGUUUAAAGACAUAACAAUAUGUGUUUUGGGGUGGUCAUCUUUUAAAAGCUUAAUAUAAUUUUGAAUAAUAUUAAAAAUCAAAUAAGAAUUACUGAAAAUGAACAACCACAAUUAAUUGUUUGUAAUAAAAAUACAUUUUAAUAAAAAAAUUAAUGAAUUGUUGAAAUUAGCAUAUUUAAUUUGGUUUAUCUUAAUAUUAUAAUUUGUUUUUCACACGACUUUCCUAUCUUUUUCAAAAGAUUUUAUAAAUGUAGGUAUGUCCAUCAAGAAACAAAAACAAAUUGAAUUAGAUUAUUUUCCUGAAAAUUGGUCAAAGAAAAGAUUUGACUAUGAUUUAUUCGAUAAACUAAAGCAAUUUAAACCGGUUUGAGGUAGAUCAGUGUAAAAAUUUCAAUACCCUCUAACAUUGCUGUUUCUGUUAAAAGUUGAAGAAAUAGUGAAGCUUGUGUGAUUCGGGCAACAAUAGUCAAAAUCCUACAAAAUAAAAAAAGAAGCAACAAAAUCGGUUCAGUAGUUCCUGAGUAAAUCUUGGCACAGACAGACGACCAAUUGCUAAAAAUGUGUUUUUCGGACUCAGGCACAGGGGGAUUUACGGGGGGGAGGGGAGAGAGGAGCUUUUGGGCUGAAGCCUCUCCCUCCAAAAUGGUAAAAUAUAACCAUGCUUUAUAGAAAAACAUAUUAAAAACUAUCUCUUAAAGUAUUAUUGUUCGUGUAAUUACAUUUAAUAGAACUACAAGAAUCGCUUAAACACUAGUCAUAUAGGUAAUUAGUUUCUUUUUAUUUUUUUCAAAUUAAUUAUCGUUAUGUAUAUGAAAAAAAAAGCUUUCGGGCUGAAGCCCUCCCCCCCAAAAUUAAAUCCUGGGUCCGCUACUGGAUUCAGGGGGCUCUGAAACGUAUAGAUCCGUCAAAACCGCAUAUCGGAAAUAUGACGCGAUUGCAAUACUUUUCUUACCUAGAAUAGAUAAAUCAAUAAAAAUAUUGAAAGAACAAAAAUAAAUUGUUACUAAAAUUAAAAUGAUUCUUUUUAAAUAAAUGAGGCAUCGAAAGCCAAAAUUUAAGCCAUCCAAAACUGAAAAUUUUUCAGAAAAGUCCAAAAUAUGCAUAAUUUAUGGAUUUAUCUCAAGCUGAAAUUAAAUUCAAACUUAGCACGUAAAAAUAGGCCAAUUUUUUAAAAUUUUAGUGGUUUAAAAGCAUCUAAAGUGCAAUAGAUUAAUGGGGAUGUGUCCGCCCUAAACAGUGUGGGAAACAUAAGAAAGUGAAUCGAGAAUCGAUUCCUUUGAAGGAAUCGAUAUCUCAAGCAAUCCAUAUGAAAGAAUCACAAUCCACUCGGAAUCGGUCUAUUCAAUAGGUAGUAUUAAAAUAAGUACAAAAGAGAAAAAAUAACUGUACACAUACAUGAAUAAAACAAACAGAGAAAAAAUAAACAAAAUACUUAUUUAAAUAUGCGUAGAUUAUAAAUGUCUGAAGUGCGGUAUGCUAACAAUAGCAGAGCAGAUUCGGAAAUUAUACUAAACAAUGCAAUAAAGCUGAAAGAUUUCCAACAACAAAGCCGGUGAAGCGAUUCAGUUGGGACCGGCGAUUCCCGAUUCACCGGUUUUGUUUAAGGAAAUCUUACAGUCGUUUUCUAUUGUUUAUUGGGUUGUUAUGUUUACUUUCGGGAUCUACUUUUUCACCGGUAUUUCGUAUUCUGACAUUUAUAAUCUGCGCUUAUUUACAUUACUUUUUGAAGUGAAACUUCUUUUAGGCGCGUUUUGUACUUUUUUGGAGAGUGAAUUAGAUUGAUCCGUAAGAUUUCGUUAGGUAUUAACGCUCGGGUAAAGUCGGCUAGAUUCGACUUGUUAAAAUAUUUUUAAAUAUGGAUUAAAAUAUCAGAAACUAUACAACGGGCCUGUAUACUGUAAGCGAUGAAAAAGUUCAGCAUUUCAUCUUUUUGGUAAUGAGCUAUUAUUUAUAAUUUUAUUUCAUUAAUCUCGGUUUGUGGAUGUUUUCACUUACAUCGUGUGGUCUAAAGCAAAGAUCUAAGUUUUUUUGUUUAUUUUUUUCUCUGUUUAAUUUAUAUAUAUGUACAGUUUGUUUUUCUCUCUUGUACUUUAUUUUUAAUUACCGAUUAUUAUAUAAAUAUUUAAUUUAAUGUAUGGCCAUAUUGUCAUGUUUUAUUUAUUUUGUAUUUAUAAUUUAUUGUACGGGGUCAUCAGUCCCAGGAUAAUAAAAUUAUAUUUUGUUUCAUUUACGAUUUAUUCAUUCAAAAUCUAAUGUGUAAAAUUAAAAAAAAAAAAAUUGUCUGUCCAACUUAAACUUUCUUUCUAUUUAUAAGAUUCAUGACUUCUUAUUUGUAUAAAUUUGAAACUUUUAAUUUCAAUAAGUGAAAAAAAAAGAAUAAGGUUUUUGCCUGAAUAAAUCAUAAGAUUUGAGAAUGUUUGUUACCGUUAAUUUUUUUUCAAUAAAAAGUUCUUUAUUAAUUUAAAGAAAAAAGAAUGAAUCGAAGAAUCGUACAUAAGAAUCGAAUUCCCAUCACUAGAUCAUACCCAUUUUACAUUUCCAGCCCUUCAAUGAAAUGUAAUAUUUAUGAUUUAGUUAAAUUCAGGCUUUGUUAAAAAUUUGAUACAGAAGUAUAAAGGGUUGCAUUUGAAGUGAAAAUAGUUAUAUUUUACUCUGUAAUAAUAUGUCACCUUUGUCUACUUUAGUAUUAAGAACUGCAGUUAGAUAAAAGAGUAAGAGUAGCAAAAACUCACCAGCAAGCGAAC